GACGUUCCUACCUCGGUAACACGUGAACCUGCGGCUCGCAGACGCGCGCAGUUUCUGAACGCGAAUUGGCCAGAGUCACGCGGUACAGACCGUGCGAGCUUUCGUCCGUUGUUUCUCGCCAUCUCACUCGACCCGAGCAGGUUUCUGUGACGCACGUAGACGUUCAGCCGUUGCCAUGGCGCUCACGCCGAUGUACACAAACGAGUAGGAUCGGGAUUGUUUGUUUUUUUGUUAAUUGUUAUUCGGUCCCUUCGUCGCGGGUGGUUUACGCGGGGUCGAAGUUCGCGUUACGGUAAAAAUCCGGUGCCGACUUUACGCCAGAUUUAACAUCCGCGCUCCGAGAGAUUUUGUACCGUUGCGUGACCGCGAGCACAGUUUCUUGAAGAUGUGAACGUACCGUGUGUGUGUGUAUGUGUGUCCUUUUAAACGUGCCCCGUACGCGCGAUGGAAGAAGUCGCUUUCCAGGAUUGGCCGGGACAGCCGGUAGAUUUGAAUUCAGGCAACAAUCCGUGGAUGCCGGCCUACGGCUUCCAGACGCCGUCCAGUCUGCUGGAGAAGGACGAUUUCGCGGGAAAUCCAGAUGCCGAAUACUUUCUGCACACGACGGCUGGUCACUACAUGUACCUCGAAACGAUACAAGAGGAGACGUCGGACGACCUCAAAUCGGACAGUGACGUGGAAUCUAGAAAUUCACCUACGGGGUGGUUCGCCACCGACUCCGACUCUGGUUCCGUUAUCCGCAUCGAACAAACAGAAGAUUUAGACUGCGACUCGGACCGGGAACUGGCCUGUCCGGCCAAACGACGCAAACAGGAUCUGUAUCUUAGUCUACCAGUCGACGACGACGAAACUUCGCUGAGUAGAUCGAGCAGUUUGCUGCAGUUCGAAACGCUGGAGAAACAAUGCCAGGAGAAUUCGUCGUCGCCCAGUAUAUUUUCGCAGUUUUCGUUCGACUCGCUGGAAAUCACCGUCAGCCAGAGGAAGGAAUUUUCUCGCGACGAUUUCAGUCCCGAUUACGACGCGGAGUUUUUUAAAAGCAUCCGAAUCGAUGUUCCGAGGUCAAAACAGAACGUGAGCAGAGACAGUCUCCUCUACAAUGUCGGCAGAUCGAGCGGCAGCGACAGCAGCGAUUCAGACACCACGCUGGAUGGCUCCAAGUCCUGCGACAAUCUGAAAACGUGGCGCAGCUUCGACAGUUUGCCCCUGAACAGCGCUGGCGCCAUCGGAAAGAAAUUUUCUAGCGAGAAUCUGAGCGAGGACAGCGGAUACGGCGACCAGCUGAUGCUGGUCAACAAGAGCGGCAGCGUGGGGAAUUUGAACAAUGGCAAACGGGCGGCGGGGGGAAAUAUGACGGCUAGUAAUUUCGAGAACACGAUGGAGAAGACGAAGAGGAAUAGCUACGUCGGCUUCGGUGCCUAUGACGGGGAUGUCUUUCAGAAUUUCAACGGUAACUUCGGCGUGUCGUAUCAGGACUUGUCCAUAUUCGAUCGUUUGGACCCAUUGUCGGGAGGCGAACCGCUCAGCAAAACGUCUCCGCUGACCGACCACUUCCUGCGCAAAAAGCAACGCCAACAGAUGCAGAACAUACCCACCGGCUACGCGCACGCCAUCAACCUCAAUAUAAAUUUAGACCGAGAAUGUGGUUAUUCUAAUUUUAACGAAGUCGCGCCGCACGCGGCGAGCGCGCCUGACUUGCUCGACGCCGCCACAGUCGACGUCGUGGUCGUCGCGACGACCAGCGUACCGAAAGACCUCAACUUCGUCGGUCAGAAUCAACACGUGGGCGGGUCCGUCGCUGAGCAAAAUCUCAACUUGGCCGACAUCAGUUUCGACUCGCGAUCCGAACGCGAUAGUGUUGGUGACGUGGCGAACGAUUACGGUGACGUCAUGGGGAGCUAUAGACGCGAGGGCUCUUACGACAAAGCGAUGUCCAACCGGGUGGACCUUUCGGACGACGAGACCUCGUUGACGUACCGGAAGAAGUUGCCCAAAUCGCCCAUAGUCGAGUUCGAUCGGCGGGUGCUAAACGCCAUCUCCGAGCAGAGCUUGGUCGGCAGCACCCCGAGUUUACACGGAUCGCGGAAGUACCUGGAGGCGUCCGCUUUCGCGACUUCGACGCCGAACAACGCCGCCGUCAGCACUCCCGACUUGAACCGGAUAGAACCGGCAACGAGGCGCGAACGCGCCUACUACGACGACGACCGCCGGAAGUCGACGCAGGAGAUUUGCAGCAAAUGCGGCAAUUUCGAAUCGGUCAGUGUCGAACGCAAGGGGUCCAUCAUCAAAUCGAGCACCAGCACGUCGGGAAUGAGCGACGUUGACGAGAAGACGCUGAGGAAUUCGGUGAGGAGCUUCACCGGCAGUACCGGAAGCAAAGGAGUUCAUUUUUCCCCGGUGGUGGACGAGAUGAAGUGGCGAGACGACAACAGCAUCUCGACGGCGACUCCCGAACGUGAGUCGUCCUAUUCGCUGGAUAGUUCCUCGCCCGAACCCUUACGAAACGUCGACGUCGACGUUGUCAAACUUGUCAAACCCAAACCGAGAUAUGGCAACGGCGCGACAAGAAGAAGCGUGUCGCAACCCGACCUCAGCGACACCGAGGCGCACAUUUACAAGCAGGAAUUCAUCGACUCACUGCACAGCCUGCGCCAGCAGGACUUGGGGCUUAGCAAAAGCCAGCCCGAAAUAAGCAAGUUCAAGCGGCGAGGCUCGCAGCUGAUCAAAAGAGACAAGGACGGCUGCACGAUCAAGGCCUACGUGGACGUCGACGGCGUCCAGUACCAGCACACCCACCUAGAUCUGCCAGGCGGCGCGCCUACGGGCACCAAGCCCGACGCCGCCGCCGGGAGCGACGCCAAAAGCAGAUUCCCCUCCAUCGUAUCGCCGUCGUCGUCGGUCGUCAGCGUACCGCACAACUUCGUCGCGGUAGAACAUCAACAGUCGAAGCAGGCGUGUGUCGGCAAACAGACGAAAGGUGACGGCGCGGUCAUGUCUGCUGGUGCGCGAUCGUCGAAGAAGAAAGGCCUGGGCGGUUUCCUCCAGCGUUUGGCCAGUUUCCGAUUGGGCGUGAAGAAAGGGCAGGAGCAGAAGGAGAAGCUGAAGCGGAAAAAGAACGCGGCGACGCAGCAAGGCAACGGCGCGGCACCCCUAGGGUUGGCGGGGAGCAACAACGUCCAACCUGGUCUACCCGGCACGAAACCGGACUAUGUCUACAUACCCCUGAAGGGCCCACCGACGUCGGACGCGAUCCGUAACAAUAACAACGCCGCCCCUGUAUCAUCGAAACCGCCCCUGCCCAAACAGCCACCACCUAGGGUGGUCCACGCAAGUGUCAAAAAAUCCGCGGCUGCGCAGAACCCGCACUUCGGCGUAGGUGUCGACGAGCGACGCCGACGGCGCACUAUCGAUUCGGCAUCCGUGACCGUCGCGACGUCCAAGCGGGACGUGGGGGACGGGGUCGUGGGCAUCGCCGGUGAUGCUUCCAUGGAAGGUCCCAUGGGGCUUAUCGAGACCGAUCUCGACACGGAGGUCACGGUAAUCACCAAUGCGAAAGCGCGAAGUUUAUUAAACUUGGGGCCCGAGCCCCGCCUAACCGUACCCCCCAACCAUCGCGAGGGGGACAGCAAAAGUCACCCCGGACGGCCCCACAAGUCGAUGGAAUUCCUACUGGACAAGGAAAAUUUAAAAGUCGUCGAGCCUCCCGAAAAUGAACUGCAAAAAACCGAACGAGUCAUGUCCGAGCACGAACUGAGAGUACAACGCAGCUUGCAAAAGCUCACGGUACCGGACUGGUACAAGCAGUCCCAGGUGCCCCGGGAGGGAUUCCUGCUCAAAAAGCAUCCCUCGCGCGAAGCCCGAUGGACCGGAACAUCAUCCAAGACGACGAGCCUCAGCUCGUUGGGCUCGGGCGUCCAGAGUCCGUUAAUGUUGAGCCCGACACCUUGCAACCAGCCGUUCGUCCGAUGGAGCACUUCUAAACUGAACAGUACCGCCUCGUCCCCUUGCCAAAGUACCAGAAGCAGUUUCAACACCGGAAGCCGUCAGCCUAACGGCUCCAUAUCGCCGUCGUCUGUCCGGUCCAGUUUCAGCUACAGGCAGCCCUACAUGGGCUGGAGGUCGCAGGAACGUUUGAGCAGGCCCAGGACCCCGGCCGAGCGGUUGGCCAGCUCGCUUUUGGCGCAGCAAAGUCAGAGUAACGCACAGCAACAACACGAAUCGCCCGAAAUCCAAACGUCGAUAAAGGAGGUGACGUCCGCUAUAGUCCAUUACGUCAGCGGAUUGAAACCUCAUUCGGACGAGAGGACGCUCGAUAACAAUCAGGACGCGGCGAGCCGGAGGUCAAGCUCCGUGAGCCCGAGAGGUAGUCAGAAACUGUGCUGGUUGGAGAGCUCGUUCGUCGGCACCAAACCGCUCGACAGUCCGGAGACUCCGGUCACGUGUUCGGAGAACUCUGGCCCGCCUCAAAGUUUGAAACUGGAUCUGCGCAAUCACAGCAGUAAGGAUAUGACAAUGUUAUCGACCGACGAGUCAAAGAUGAGGCCAUCGCCAAGUUCCACGACUCUAGAGGACGUUUUGGACUCUUUAUUGGGUCUACCCUCGUCAGGAAAGGCAUCCAGUCCCUGCCUUCAAGAGACGGCGUCAGCUAGUACUAGCCCCAAUCGUCGUUCCAGCGACGCCAGCGACGCGGACCGAUGCCGGCGCCGAUCCAACGGGUGCGACGCGACGCUCCCGGACCCGCCAACGCCAAGCGCCGCCGCCGUGCUGCGUUGCCGUUAUUCCCGGUGCGGCAAAACCGCGCUGGCAUCGUCGAGAGAGGCGGAAUACUUCAAAAACUGUCACAAUUGCUCGUACACGUAUUGCUCGAGGGCCUGCAGGCGCAGUCAUUGGGAAAGACAUCGGAAAACUUGCCUGUUCUCACGGGUAGGCACAUUGUGCCGCCAGGUGAUUGCUGCUACCAAAGAAGAAAAGGAGUCCCUCAAAGUGCUGACCAGGCUCGCAAGAAGAGGGUAUAUCUCCCACGGCUCCGGCGCCGUCAAGUGCUUCUACCCGGACCCGGAGUCCGCAGAAAAAUUCCUGACGAACGGACUGGCCGGUCUCGGCGAGUUGACGUUCGUGCCGUGGCAGGACCUGCUGCCGUCUGAGAUGGGUCCCCAGCUCUACGAGGAGAUCGUCAACAUGUGCAAAAAUUACAACCCCGACUCUAAGUUCGUCCUCUACGUGUCGAUCUGCGUGGUGUCGGAAACGCCGGCCGCCGGCGCGGUCAAAUGGGAGAGGCAGCUGGUGUCGCGAUGCGCGAAAAUGAAGUUGAGUAAGGAGGCGUCGGAUCGAGACGCGACGGACACGCCCGAGACGUUGAUACUGACGUGUCCGCCCAUACGACUCCCGACGCGCGAGAUCAGUUUGAAGGCGCGCUGCGUAGCAGCGGACAAUCUGCAGAAACAGCUGCGCGAGAGGGGCGUGUCGCUCAAACGUCAGUACCCGGAUGUGUCGCGACGCCUCGACGCUUACCGAGCGGACCUGCGCGUCAGGUUUGACGCGCAGACUGUAUACCCGCGCGACUCUGCCACCGGAGAGACGUUCAUGUGCAUCAUUUUGCUCGAAUCGGAUGCCGACACGUUACGCAAGGUGGAACGGGCUAGAGCCAGGGUGAAAACUAUAGACGUGCUGUUGGCCAGUGAAACGACCGCGUUGUAAUGUCGUGUCGGUCGGUUCUGAUACACGCUUCAUCGUGUUUUACUAAACUAGACUUCGUCAAACGCCAAAAUGUAACGUUAACUUUCUAUAAAUACUAAAUGAAACGACUAGAAAUACGGAAACGUCAAGUACAUUGAUUGACUCGACUUUUCUCAGCGAUGCUAAUUUGUCCGUGUAACUUGGUUGGUUAGGUUAGUUAGGAUGUAUUUUUCAGUGUCGCUGUAAACUUAAAAUCCCAACAGCACCCCCCCCCCUCCCGCCACCAACCCAAAUAUCCCAAAAAGUAUCGUUGCCUCAAAUAUUUUAUUUAAUUAUCCGUUUGCAACGACUUUUAUAAUUUAAAUAGGCACAUAGCAUAUUUCAAAUGGAAAAUUUAACUGAAUUUCUAAGAAAUUCGAGGGGAGCUACUGGAAUCCCGGAAACCGUAAGAGAUACGUUAAAUAGAAGUCAAAGUUGUGGUGCUUUUUUCCAGGAGUUAAUUAAAAGAAAACAAAUGACACUUUCCCAUUGCUACUUUUCUUCCCUACAAAUUGGAAUUAUUACGUUUUAAGUAUGAGGUAUCUUUUUUGUAUGCGCAUCAUCAAUUGCAUUUUUGUCAGCUUGUCAUUCUGAAGAAAUACGUGUAUCAAUCACACUUAAUGAUUUACUAAACAAUAACACCUCAAAAUUGACAAUAAAGCCAAAUUUACGCAAAAAAUAAGUUGGUUGUUAAGUGUUCAAUAGCACUGCUAUUUUAUUUGUAUAUUAAUUUACCCAGAAACAGAACCAUAGUGACCGGGUCUAACAUACCUUCACUGUCCUUCUUCCAAACAAAUUUAUGUUUUAUUCGAUUAUAAAUAGUUAAAAAUGCAACAAAAGCAUUAGGUCAAACCGUCUUGACGUAUUUAUUAAAUUUUAGAGCUUAAAUUACAUUUUACUUCGAUAGCUAAUUAUUACAGUAGACUAAAGUAGCAAAAAAAUACUUUUAUAAAAUAAAUAUAAAAUAUAUAUUGUGUGGUAAACGGCAUUUGAGUCACGAGUGCUUAAUAAACUAGUGAUUUAAUAAGUUUCCCAAACGUGUUGCAUACUAUACUUCUUCUACGACCAUUAAUUUUUGGGCACAUUUUUCUAAAUUCGCAAACUUUAAAAUUUAAGCCGUCUGGUAACAUCUGCGAAAACAUCCGAUUGUUACCAAACCCGUGCGGUAAUUUCUCGGAAAGGUCGGAAGUCCAUGUGAAACGAAACUGACGCGGUAAUAUGGCCCUUUCCGCAUGCUAGAUUGGCAUAUAAUUAGGUAUUUUACAGAAGGGAGUAGAAAAAAAGUAUAUUGUGCAACAAGUGCGGUAAACGUCGGAUUUUUUUUUAAAUCCCAAAAUUGUCGGGUUUUCCGGAUAUCUCCGGAACUAAUCGGAAUUUUAUCGAUUUUUAAACAAUUUUAAAUUAAGCAUCAGAAUGCGACUUCGUAUCUUCUGAGGUCCCAAAGUUCCCCUCGAAUUUGGGACACUGUUGUACAUGGAACCCCUGAUAAAAUUUAAUAAUUAAAUAAUUUAAUUUAAAUAUUAAAAUAAAUAAAUCAAAUGCGCCGAUGAACUCAGGAUCUAUUGUGCAGAAACUAUAAUUAAAAAAAGCAGGCUACCACAAACGUGUUUUUUUAACCUUAAAUAAUUGAGAUAACCUCAAAACUUGCAGAGAUUGGUUUCCUUGUGAUAAACGUUGGCUUUAUUUGGACAAAAAAUUCAUUUACCUAUUAAUAAAUGUCAACAUUCACUUUCAAAAAGAAUGUCAAUUUUUUCGGUACUCGUAUAACUGAUAUCUUAUGUAACACUAAUAUAACAAAUCACAUGCCAACGAAUACACAAAAGGACUCGUCAAAAAUUAGAAAAAUAAAACUCUCAAUGAAUUUCAGUUAUGGAGGGGCCCACAAAUCAAUAUUGACCCUAUUAACCCUUUGUGGUAUUGACGGCUGUUGGUGUUUUGUUAUCCAAAGUGUUGUUUUACAAAACAACAUGUUUACCAAAGAACGCUUCAAUUUGAUGGUUCCUCGUAAAAAUGCUCAUUAAAAACGGGUGCAAAACGUUUAACGUUUCUAGCGGAAACUCAUUUGUUGUAUUAUUUUAAUUUAAUUAUUUUUAUGCCAGAGAUAUACCUAAAAAUCAUUCUUAAAUUAAUUCUUAAUGUAACACCCCGUAGAAUACUUUCUUUUUGUUUUCUUCGCAAAAUUCCACCUACGAAACAAACUUUAACUAUAUUAGCAAGUUUAGGUACAAAUUAAUUCCUUAAAAAAAUUGUUAAAAAUGUUACAAUUAAAUAAAUAAUAAAAUUUAAUCUAAUUUAAGAUCUGCGUGAGUUAUGUAGAUAGUUUAGACAAAUUGGACAUUUCGCGACAAGCGAACAAAAUAGUUCAACUUUCCGAUUUUCCAUGUACAGGGUGAUUCGUAAAAAACUGAAAGGGGUGAGUGCUGCGCCAAUUUUUGCAUAGCGAUUAUUUUU